UUUAACAGCUGUAGAAUGCACUUCUCCUUACAACCAUGUCUUGUUGUCUUCCUUUGUGCACUCUCUUGAUCCUUUUCUCCCUCGUCUGCUCUCCUGUGAACCACUUUGUCAGUUCUCUUUCCUUCAAUAUAAGUAGCUUUGACACGAAUAGAGGCGACAUACUGCUCGAGGGAGUUGCAAGAAUUGUGUAUGGAUCCGUUGAACUAACCAGUAUCGAUGUCACACCAUUCGCUCAAGUAGGCCGCAUUCAAUAUUCCAAACCCAUCAAUAUAUGGGACUCUGUUACAGGGAGACAAGCAGACUUCUUUACUCGUUUCUCAUUCACCAUCACUACUAACAAUCCCACUCAAUACGGUGAUGGUAUUGCCCUUUUCCUUGCUCCUGUUGGGUUCCCAGUCCCCCCUAACUCAGUUGGUGGAUUCUUCGGAUUGUUCAAUGCAAGCACAUUUGAUGGGCAUCAGAACCAAAUCGUCAUGGUCGAGUUCGAUAGUUGGGUAAACUCUGAAUUUGAUCCUUCGACGCAGCACAUAGGAAUCAACAAAAACUCACUCCGGCCGCUCAGUUAUACCCCCUGGAAUGCUGGAUCACACAGUGGCAACGCAACUGAUGUUAUGGUGACCUAUAAUUCUACUACCAAGAAUUUUAGUGUAUCCUGGUCAUUUGAUGAUGAGCCGGUUUCUCCAGAUAACAAAAGUUCCUCGCUUUCUUGCCAAAUUGAUCUUGCUAAUGUUCUCCCUGAAUCAGUCGCAAUUGGAUUUUCAGCUUCGCAAGGCAUGUACAACGAGAGGCACUUCCUCAAUUCAUGGGAGUUCACUUCAAACUUGGAUGUUGUACGUCCCCCAUCAACAGAUACAUCAAAAAAAGGGGUAAAAUCUAAGAUGUACAGGUUGAUAACAUUUAUCACAAUUCCCGUAGCUUGUCUCUUGCUGGUUAUUUCAGCAGGUUCUUCCUUAUUUAUGAUCAAGAUGAAAAAAAAAUGUGAGUUUCAGGCUCUGACUCACAUUGACAAAGAGAAAGGAGCAUGGCCACUGAAAUUCUCUUAUCAAGAGUUGUUUGUUGCUACAAAUGGCUUUGCAAAUGAUCGAAGACUCGGCCAAGGAGGGUCUGGCCAAGUUUACAGAGGAUUUUUGAACUGUCUAGAUCGUCUAGUCGCCAUCAAAAGAAUCUGUGCGGAAGGCAGACAUUCGAAGAAGGUGUUCACCAACGAAGUGAAGAUAAUAAGCCGUAUGAAGCACCGAAAUCUAGUGCAAUUUAUUGGAUGGUGCCAGGAGGAAGGUGAAUAUUUGCUUGUCUAUGAUUUUAUGCCUAAUGGUAGCCUUGAUAAUCAUCUCUUUGGAACCAGGAAAAGUCUGCCAUGGGAUGUGAGGUACAAGAUCGCUCUAGGAUUGGCGUUGGCCCUUAAUUAUCUUCAUGAAGAACUAGAGCAAUGCGUUCUUCAUAGAGAUGUAAAAGCCGCCAACAUAUUACUCGACACAAGCUUCAACACUAAGCUCGGCGACUUUGGAUUGGCUAAGCUUGUUGACCCCCAGUUGAGGACUCAAAUGACUGAUGUGGUAGGGACAUAUGGCUAUCUGGCACCAGAAUAUAUAAGUGAAAGGAGGGCUACUAAAGAGUCUGACAUGUUCAGCUUUGGUGUUGUGGCUCUAGAAAUCAUUUGUGGUAGGAGGACAUAUCAGGAAGGAGAAUUUCAUGUUCCGCUGCGCAAGUGGGUUUGGCAGCUUUACCUUGCUAGAAACAUGCUUGAAGCAGCAGACGAAACAUUGGGUUCGAGUUUCGAUAGGAAGGAAAUGGAUUGCUUGAUGAUGGUGGGACUGUGGUGUGUGCAUCCAGAUCCCAAGAUGAGGCCAAAAGCAGGACAAGUUAUAAGAUUUCUUCAGCUAGAAGUCCCGGUGCCUGAGUUUGCACGUGGCACCUAUGAGGCCCCCACUUCAUAUCAACCAUCAGCACUAAGUGUAGGGUCUUUCUCUUGUAUGCCAGAAAACAGUUCCUUCUCAGGUAGAUAGAUCAUGGCUCCUAAAGCCAUCCUGCAACACAUGUUGACUUUGGAGAAAAUGAAACGAAUGUUGUGACGGAUUAGUUAUGCUCAAUCGACCUUUUCUUUGUUGCAAUAUAUUGUCUAGCUGCUGAUCAAUUGGUUGAUGUAGAUGUCACAGAGAUAUCGGUACCAUUAAAGAUGUUCA